AGUGCAGGCAUUUGAAUGUCAAUGUCUAAACUUUAGCGAAGGCAGUAGCCCUGUUAUUUAAACUAACGAGGUAAGACUGCUAGCUGAUUCAGACUACUUAAAUCCUUCACUGUUGUGUAGGUUGAAAUUAUCUCUCGAUAAUAGCAUUGAUUUUUAGCUUCUCGUCCCCAUUUCUUUCUUAAAUCGCGUACUAAGAAGUCAGAGUUGUUGGAGAAUUCCUGUGUACUGAUAAUUGGCACAAAUUCGUUGCAGGGUCCCUACCUAGAUUGUAAGAUUGGAUAAUUCUGAUAGUUCUUUCUUACAAUUCUUUUCUCGUCCUCAUCCCCUCCGCAUAAAUCCAGAUUUUGAAGUCACUCAUUUUUUGUUUUGUUUCUUCCGCUGUGAGCGAAGUUGUAGGAAACGGCUGAACACUCAGCGGCAACAAAUUCAAGCGACGACGACGACCAUAGCAGCGACAACGACAUCAGCGACACCCUACAACUUUGUGUACCACAUUAUCGCUGUACACGGUAGGUACUCACAAGAAGGCGGAAAGCGAUCAACAGUCGAGUGGGAUCAAAGUCUUCUCUUACACCAAGCAGGAUUCACCACUUCAGUCACGAUGACGACACCUGAAGAAUAUUCUACUUCAUCUUCUGCGUCGCGAGCACGUCGAACCCUGGACAAUAUGAUGGAGCCCUCCGACAUGUCUUCCUCAUCAAGCGCGUCUACCGCGAGCCAUUCCUCCAGCAGACGAGGAAGCAAGCGCUUUGCUCAGAGUGCACUAUUACUGUCGGCCUCAUGCUUGCUCGCGCACGGUCAGAGGCAUGCACAAAACGAACAGAGGUUAUCAGUGGACAUGGUUGCGCACUCUUUCAUGGGCUCCAUCGACACAUCACGACUGGACAACACGCGCGGAGCGACAGCAGAUUGGUAUUCAAAAGAUUAUAAGUAGGAUAUGAGGCUCCAGAAAAAUAGAGAAAAAAACUGAGAAAUAGAGAAAAAGCCCUAAGAAAUUGCAACCCUAUCAACUCAUCAUUGAUGUAAUUACCAACCACCACCAGGUUUGUGAAUGGUGCGGCUUCAGCGACGCUUCCUUCGCAGGUUAUGCUGACUCCCGACGUGCAGAAUCGAUUUGGUUACUUGUGGGCGCGCGAGCCUAUUGAUUCCCGUGAUUUUGAGGUCUUAGUCGACUAUAAGAUUCAAGGUGAGAUGAUGCGAGGACAGGGCUUCGCUUUCUACUAUGUCCAGGAAGACUUUCCUUCGUGGUUCGACAGCAUCAAGUUCUAUGCGCCUUAUGUUAAAGGCAGCGGCGGCGAAUUCGACUCUCUGCUGAACAAUCAAGGACUCACUUUUUACGCGUACUGAAGUUUAUUUUUGUGCGUGAGCAGCUUCUUCUUUUUCAACAUUAAGAUCAGCAUUCACGGUUUUCAGUGUCUUCUUUAGGUAGAUGCAUUUAUAAUCAAAACUCUUCCACUCGUCGUGAUCAAAUUUCCAAAUUUUAGAUUUCUAAAUCUGAAAUUGAUUUCAGGUGGAAAGAGCAAAUGCGAGGUAUGGGUGUGCUGUUUAGUGAGCACAACCAUGUGACACAGGUCCAGUGCUUCCAGGAUGAUAUGCAGGGCAUUCGCCGAAACUUGUCACCCCCAAAAUUUCUCCGAUACGACAAUAAGGAGAUCACCCUACACGUACUUCAAGUUGUUUUUACUUAUAUCCUUGAUGGUACCCCACGACAGGUAGAUGACUUGAUGUAGUACAAUCUUCUUCAUCAACCGGUAAGAAUAUUGGUUUUGGACUUUCGAUCUAAGUAAGUACAACGAACACGACUUCAAAGUGAGUUUACUCUAUUGCUUGGUCUUUACCUUCACAACGACACACUCACACGACAGGUUUCUCGACGCCCCUCUGCGGAUCAAAGCCGUUCUAUGAUGACUGUUCAAGUGAAAAUCGGAGAGAAGUGGAAUCAUGUUUGCGAGACGGGCACCGGUGGCGUCAAUACGGGAUCCGGAUACAUGGGUUUUACGUCUUUUACCGGGAAAGCUCAAGAACCCGGAGAGCAGUCGAUCCGCCCUGCUGUCGUCGGCAUCACCAAGAUUACAGCGUACUAAAUAAAAUUCUGUGAUGGUACAAGAAGAACAACUACAAGCACUAGAACUUCUGUACUAUGAUUAAGUCACCAAAUUAUUUCGUUUCUUCAAUCUCUAUCUUCCUAUACUAACUUGCCGAAAAGGUCGUCUACCUUACAACUUUAAUAUAUCAUUUCUUUUACCUACUAGGUUCUUUAAUUUAAUCCCUCAAUAAAUCUGACGAACACAGCACGAACCACGAUGAGCAUCAUUUGGGCAGCCGCAAGGAUAUGGCCAACGAGGAUUACAUGAAAGACUAUGAGGCGCUUAUGGCCGAGGACCAUAACUACAUGAAUACCACUGAUCAAACCGCUGCUCUGGACCGACUCGAAAAACUGUUGGAGCGGUACUCCUACAUUAGCUACUUCGUCAAAAACCUCCUUUGCCGUCCAUAAUUGAAAUGUCAGGCUCUACGUCAACCGAAGAAGAAUUGCAACAUUUUCUUUGUAUGAAGAUCUCUCUUGAAGACUGUGAAAGGAAGAACCACAAAGAAUUUCGAAACCACGUCCUCCAUAUUGAAAAAUCAUGUCUAGGUUUGCCGCCACUCACAAGGACCAGAAGUUGCUCUCUCAAUUGGGAGAGUUGGGUGAUCGCACUAGCAAUUUGGAGAAUGUCGUCCGCAACUUCCGCCAGGAGGUCCGCAUUGUUCUGGGACGCAAGAAGGGAACGGGAGGAUUGUCUGACUUGCGCUCGCAUAUGCACGGACUGCGCACGCUUCUGAAACACAGCGGGCAGGAACAUGAGGAACAGGUACAACCUGAAAGCGAUAUUAAGCGAGCAGUUUGCACUUUCUUUCUUUCUGAUUGAAUUUUUGUUGCUGGAAGUGGAUGAAAGUAGAUGUCUACCCAAGAUAUCAAUUGUUCUCAAUCAAUGCUGAUUCUUGUACCAAAAGAAACACUGUAUGCAUCAACCUCUUACUAUCUCAUGCUGAAGAAAUAAGUAUCCUCCAUAUUUUUGUCCAGGUCGAACGCGCGCGUACUAAGGCUAUGAAGGCCUUGUCGACUUUGAGUGCGGCUCCGGAGCACGCUAAGGUGAUGAGCGAAUUCGAGGAGAGCCUGCAGAAGUUGCAACAAGGCAGCAGCUCCUUGGUCUACAUGUUCGGCUUCAUUAUUGUUUGUAUUGCUGCCGUUACGGGCCUGAUCUGGAACAAGAUGCGCUCGUAUGAGAAGAAACACUUCUUGUAA